UUUGCAACACUGUAACUUAAUCUUGAAUUCGAACCUGCCACAGGAACUCAGAUAAGACUCAGUGUACAUUGGAAAACAACAAUUAUGGAAUCUAUGAGUCCCAAGGAUAUAGUGCAUUGCCCAUAUAACAGGGCACAUUUCAUGCUGCGCAAGAAACUGCAACAACACAUUAUGAAAUGUAGGGAGAUCUACAAGGACGAAGUGGAGCUUCUCGUUUGUCCCUUUAAUAAGGCGCAUCACAUUCCGGCUCCCGAAUUUCAUCAACAUACCAAAUCAUGCGAAGAUCGUAAAAUCAUAAUGCAUUAUCAAUAUAGCCAAGCAGCUGAACUUAAUGAGGAGACCAAACAUGAAAAGAUCGAAUCAGAGGAAAAUUGGGAUGAUACAUCUGUAGAUGAUUAUAACCCACAGGUAUAUGCAUCUCAGGCGAACAUUGUGAGAGAUGCAAGUGGCAUGUUUCCUGCACAGCGCAAGGCAUUCAUCAAGCAGGAGCGUCUCCGUCAACUGGGUGAAGAAAGCGACGAUGUGAAGCCACCAAAGGCAACAAAAACACAUGAUGCUGCACGGGCAAAGCCAUACGAUCGUUAAUACUCCAAAAACAAAAUAAUUGUCGAAUUUCGUAUAGCUCUAAGAUGGCUUCAAAACCAAAGACAAUUGAAUUCUCGAAGUGCUAAUAACCAAUAUUUUGUAUGUGCCUUAUAAAUGUAAUCUCAGAAAUAAUAAAAAUAUAACAACAAAA